GAUGAGUACUAUAUAAAUGUAGAAAAAGGGAGGUCUUAAAAACAUACCAUAAUUGUAAAGGCAGGAGAAUCGGAGAGAGAAAAGAGUUCAGGUGAAUCAAUGGGUGCCGCCGGAAGUGGAAGAAGCUCUUCUGCAAGUACUAAUAACAUGCCGCAUUUCCAGAACUCCUAUCCCUCCCAUACCUCUAACCCUAACAGUGCCCUAACCAUCACCAACCUCAACCACAACGCCGACCAAACCCACCCUAUCAAUCAUCAUCAUGAUGAUCCUAAUAACCACUUCAACUAUAAUUACCCCAACCACCAUGAUCCUCCUCAAGCACCCGAACCCGACUUCCUUAAUAUUGUUGGUGAUCAUGAUGAUCAUCAUGUUCUCUACAACUAUGGUGGUGGUGCUCAUGCUGCUGAUGAUGAGUUUGUUAUGGUUGAUCAUCAUGAUCAUGAUGUUGUUGAGGUUGAGCACGAACACCAAGUCGAAGACGACGAAACAUUCUUUGGCCGUCUUCCCGCUGGCUACAAAUUCGAGCCCACCGAUGUCGAACUUCUUAGACACUACUUGUACAACAAAGUUCAUGGCCUCCCUCUCCCCCGUAACCGGAUUCUCGAUUUCAAUCUUUAUGACGAAAGUCCUGAAUCCAUCAAAGGUAAGUAUCCGAGUAUAAACAAUCGUUGGUACGUAUUCACAUCACGGCAGAAAAAGUAUCCGAAGGGGUAUCGGCCGAGCCGAUCAGCACCCGGUGGGUUCUGGAAGGCUACUGGAGCAGACGUCCCAAUAAGAGUGAAGCCUGGGGUCGAAGAACUUGGAUACCGCAAGUCAUUGGUUUAUCAUAAAGGAAAACCUCCCCACGGGACGAAGACCGGCUGGAUCAUGCAUGAGUUCAAGCUAAAGCACACUCCGGCUCCAGCUAAUGGCGCCAAUGCCAAUCAUAUGAGACUCGAUGAUUGUGUACUGUGUAGGCUGUACAAGAAACCUGAGCCAAAGGAAAGUCCUAACCGUCCGUCAUCCAAAGCCGCCCGCAAGGAGAAAGGUGGUAGUAGUUCAAAAGCAAUUACUACUACUACUGCUACUCAAAAUGAGUAUGAAACCAUGCAAAAUGGUGGUCAGAAUUUUCCCAAAUUCGCUGCUCCUCCUCCUCCUCCUCCUCCAUCCCAUCACAUCUAUGAUGCGGGAGGAAAUAAUGGUGUUCCAUUAUUAUCUGCUGCGCGUUCAUCAUCAUCCUCUUCUUAUGAUCAUGGACGACUACUAAAUCAUCCAACCCUAGCUCCUCCAUAUCCGCCUCUUCUCCAAACCAGCUCCAGCUCUGUCGUUGACCUCCCAUCAAUUCAAUGUCACUUGGCCUGCUGCAGCCAGCUCAUGCAUCCGCAACCGCAACCUCAAGGUUACUAUGGCGCGCCACUCGUGGCAGCCGGUGGUGUCGGUGAUGGUUAUGUGAGACGGGAGGAUUACUUGAGUGGUCGCUAUAAUCCAUUUAAAUCGAGCUUCUUUACCAAUUCACAGGUUGAUGAGAGCCAUGAUGGUUUUACGAGACAAGAGGAUGAGUUGGGGCACCAUGUUUUCCCUUAUAAUAACUACUCUAGCUUUGCUAAUAAUCCACCGGAAGCUGAUGAGAUUUAUAAUAUGCUCGCUUCUUCACCGCCCUCCUUUCAGCAGCAACAAUUCCCAAGUGGAAUCGUCCUUGACUAGCAAGUCACCUGGAGGAGAGGAAGAAGAAGAAGUUUGGUGGAAUUGAUGAUCCAGAAAAUUGAUUCGUCAAAUAUAUCCCAGCAUAUAUUGGUUUUUGUUUUUGGCACUUGUUGAUAGAAUAACUUUUCUUUGUUUUCUACAUUUCUUUGAAUGUUGAACUCCUUACGUUC